CGCGGAUGUCAAAUUGAUUGUCAUUUUACGAGCAACAUUGUAGGACGAUUUCAUCAGAACAAGAGCAAUGACAGAUUUCGGAGGAAGUGAUGCGGCCAAACCAGCCGUCGAUCCCGAGCUGCAGGACUUUCUGAUGGCCGAAAACGAGAGGGCCCGGCUUAGCGCGCAGAUCCACGAGUUCACCGACAUCUGCUGGGAUAAGUGCGUUGAGAAACCGAGCAACAAAUUGGACAGCCGAACGGAAACAUGCCUUGCCAAUUGUGUCAAUCGCUUCGUCGAUACGUCUCUGCUGAUCACCCAACGAUUUGCGCAAAGUUUACAAAAGAGCCAGGGCAUGUAAAGCUGAAGGGCAUAACGUCCGAUACGUCGGACGUAGUUGGCAUUUUGGGAUGUAGUUCAUAGUUCCGGCAGGGCCCUCUAACGCUAAUAUGUUCACAAAAUAUACAUGCACUGUAUCACAAAUAUAUU